AUGCCCGACAUGGACGUGACAAUGGAUUAUGUAAUGGACGCCGUGCUUGACUCGGGAUAUCUCCCUGUCUGGGCUAUCAAACUCGUCACGCGAUAUCUCACGCGGUCACGAAUAGCCACCAUGGCCAGUCGCCCGCCUGCACAGAUUGAAGCAGACCGGCUACAGUGGGUCGCCAAGUCACUCAAGAUGCCGAUGGCCAUCGAGACAGCGGCGACUAAGACGCAGCAGUACGAGGUUGGGACAGGUGUCUUUGCCUGCUUCCUCGGCCCGCGUAUGAAGUAUUCGUGCUCGCUGUGGGAGGGCAGCACCAAGAACCUCGCAGAGGCAGAGGAGAAUAUGCUUGAGUUAUACAUCCCUAGGGGCAGCCUUGCAGAUGGCAUGCAUAUCUUGGACCUAGGCUGCGGCUGGGGCUCAGCAGUGCUGUUCUUCGCAGAGAGAUUCCCGCAGGCAACUGUGACGGGAUUUUCUAACUCGAGGACGCAAAAGGAGUACAUUGACCAGCAGGCCACAAAACGGGGACUAACAAACGUCAAGAUCAUCACCGGUGAUGUAGUGGACUACGAAUUUGAACCCGAAGCAUAUGACCGCAUCUUGUCCGUGGAGUUGUUUGAACAUAUGAAAAACUAUGAGCUUCUCAUGGCCAAGUUGGCCCGCGCGCUCAAACCGUGCGGCAAGCUGCUGGUCCACCACUUCUGUCACCGAGAUACAAUAUUCGACUUUGACAGCGGGUGGAUGUCGCGUUACUUCUACACGGGCGGCACGAUGCCAUGUGCUGACCUGCUGGCGCACUAUCAGCGAGAUCUAGCGCUGGAAGAGAGCUGGUGGGUGGACGGGAUGAAUUACUCCAAGACGCUUCAGUCAUGGCUGGAGAACUGGCAAGCCAACAAAGAGGAAGCAUGGCCGCACUUGGUCGAGACGUAUGGCGCAGAGAAUGCGCAGGUGUGGUACAAUCGAUGGAUAGCCUACCAUGCAUCACUAACAGAGUUUUUCGCCGUCGGGGAAGGACAUGUGUAUGGUGUUACGCAUAUGCUAUUCCAGAAGAAAUCAGUCGCACUACCUGAUGGGGAAGUCGCAGCUUUGCGUACGAAGGCUCUCGAAUAG